GCCCUCCCCUCCCCUCCGCCCGCCCGCCCGCCGCCGCCUCCGAGCCGCAGCGGUCGGACGUACAGUCUGAGCGGGGGCGCGGCGGCGACGGCGACGGCGACGGCUGGGGAGUGGCGGUGGGCUCGGCGGGGAUCGCGCCGCCGCCCCCGAGAGUUCCCCCCACGUUCCCCGCGGCUCGCUGCCGCCCCCGCCGGCGCCGAGAGGCCGGCCCGGGCCCGACUCCCUCACGGGGCCCCCGGCGGCGGCGGCGGCGGCUUCAGCGGAGCCCACCGCUGGGGCCCCGAUGAGUAACUCCCGGAACAACCGGGUGAUGGUGGAAGGGGUCGGGGCGCGGGUAGUGCGCGGCCCGGACUGGAAAUGGGGGAAGCAGGACGGCGGCGAGGGCCAUGUGGGCACGGUCCGGAGCUUCGAGAGCCCCGAGGAGGUGGUGGUGGUGUGGGACAACGGCACCGCCGCCAACUACCGCUGCUCGGGGGCCUACGACCUGCGCAUCCUGGACAGCGCGCCCACGGGCAUUAAGCAUGAUGGGACCAUGUGUGAUACCUGCCGCCAGCAACCAAUCAUUGGCAUUCGAUGGAAGUGUGCAGAGUGUACAAAUUAUGAUUUGUGCACAGUUUGUUAUCAUGGAGAUAAGCAUCACUUAAGGCAUCGCUUCUAUAGAAUUACUACACCUGGAAGUGAGCGGGUUCUAUUAGAAUCUCGCAGAAAAUCUAAGAAGAUUACAGCCAGAGGGAUCUUUGCAGGUGCCAGAGUGGUACGAGGAGUAGACUGGCAAUGGGAAGAUCAGGAUGGAGGAAAUGGACGUAGGGGGAAGGUAACAGAAAUCCAAGACUGGAGUGCAUCAAGCCCACAUAGCGCAGCAUAUGUUCUCUGGGAUAAUGGUGCUAAGAACCUUUACAGAGUUGGCUUUGAGGGCAUGUCUGAUCUGAAGUGUGUCCAGGAUGCCAAAGGAGGUUCUUUCUACAGAGAUCACUGCCCUGUGCUAGGUGAGCAGAAUGGCAACAGAAAUCCUGGUGGGUUGCAGAUUGGUGACCUGGUAAAUAUAGACCUUGACCUAGAAAUUGUACAGUCUUUGCAGCAUGGUCAUGGAGGAUGGACUGAUGGCAUGUUUGAGACUUUAACUACAACUGGAACUGUUUGUGGCAUUGAUGAAGAUCAUGACAUUGUAGUACAGUAUCCGAGUGGCAAUAGGUGGACCUUCAAUCCUGCUGUUCUCACUAAAGCAAACAUUGUCCGAAGUGGGGAUGCUGCUCAAGGUGCAGAAGGAGGCACCUCACAGUUUCAAGUGGGUGAUCUUGUACAAGUUUGUUAUGAUCUGGAAAGAAUUAAGCUUCUGCAAAGAGGACAUGGAGAAUGGGCUGAAGCUAUGCUCCCAACUUUAGGUAAAGUUGGCCGAGUACAACAGAUUUAUUCAGACAGCGAUUUAAAGGUGGAAGUUUGUGGCACAUCCUGGACAUAUAAUCCAGCAGCAGUUUCCAAGGUGGCAUCUGCAGGAUCAGCCAUUAGCAAUGCAUCUGGUGAAAGACUUUCCCAACUCUUGAAGAAAUUAUUUGAAACCCAAGAAUCUGGUGACCUCAAUGAAGAAUUAGUUAAGGCUGCUGCCAAUGGAGAUGUUGCUAAAGUGGAAGAUUUGCUAAAAAGACCAGAUGUGGAUGUAAAUGGACAAUGUGCUGGCCACACUGCUAUGCAAGCUGCUAGUCAGAAUGGACAUGUUGAUAUUUUGAAGUUACUUUUGAAACAAAAUGUGGAUGUAGAAGCAGAGGACAAGGAUGGAGAUAGAGCCGUUCACCAUGCAGCUUUUGGAGAUGAAGGUGCUGUUAUAGAAGUAUUACAUCGAGGCAGUGCAGACUUGAAUGCUCGCAACAAACGCCGACAGACACCACUUCAUAUUGCUGUCAAUAAAGGUCAUCUUCAAGUUGUAAAGACUUUAUUGGACUUUGGUUGUCAUCCAAGUCUUCAGGAUUCUGAAGGUGAUACUCCUCUUCACGAUGCAAUAAGUAAGAAACGCGAUGACAUCUUGGCAGUCCUUCUGGAAGCUGGGGCGGAUGUCACCAUUACAAACAAUAAUGGAUUUAAUGCCCUGCACCAUGCUGCACUAAGAGGAAAUCCCAGUGCAAUGCGUGUUUUACUAUCUAAAUUACCAAGACCAUGGAUUGUGGAUGAGAAGAAAGAUGAUGGUUAUACUGCCUUGCAUCUGGCUGCCCUUAAUAAUCACGUGGAAGUGGCUGAAUUAUUGGUACAUCAGGGUAAUGCAAACCUGGAUAUCCAGAAUGUGAACCAACAAACGGCCCUCCAUCUUGCUGUUGAACGACAGCACACCCAGAUUGUUAGGCUUUUGGUCCGUGCAGGUGCCAAAUUAGAUAUUCAGGAUAAGGAUGGGGAUACUCCUUUGCAUGAAGCUCUGAGGCACCACACCUUGUCUCAGCUACGUCAGCUCCAGGAUAUGCAAGAUGUGGGCAAGGUCGAUGCUGCCUGGGAGCCAUCCAAAAACACUUUAAUAAUGGGACUUGGUACCCAGGGGGCAGAGAAGAAGAGUGCAGCAUCUAUUGCCUGUUUCUUGGCUGCUAAUGGUGCUGACCUUAGCAUUCGAAAUAAGAAGGGUCAAUCACCACUUGAUCUCUGUCCUGAUCCAAGUCUCUGCAAAGCACUGGCAAAAUGUCAUAAAGAAAAAGUCAGUGGUCAAGUGGGUUCUCGAAGUCCUUCUAUGAUUAGUAAUGAUUCUGAAACCUUAGAAGAGUGUAUGGUGUGCUCAGAUAUGAAGAGAGAUACUCUUUUUGGCCCAUGUGGACAUAUUGCUACCUGUUCUUUAUGUUCUCCACGAGUCAAGAAAUGCCUCAUCUGUAAAGAACAAGUUCAAUCUAGGACAAAGAUUGAAGAAUGUGUGGUAUGCUCAGACAAGAAAGCAGCUGUUCUUUUUCAACCAUGUGGACACAUGUGUGCUUGUGAGAACUGUGCUAACCUGAUGAAAAAGUGUGUGCAGUGUCGGGCAGUGGUUGAGCGAAGACUGCCUUUUAUUAUGUGUUGUGGAGGUAAAAGUUCAGAAGAUACCACUGAUGAUAUCUCAAGUGGAAAUAUCCCAGUGUUACAAAAGGACAAAGAUAAUACAAAUGUCAACGCAGAUGUGCAGAAGUUGCAGCAGCAGUUGCAGGACAUUAAGGAGCAGACAAUGUGCCCAGUGUGUUUGGAUCGUCUAAAGAAUAUGAUUUUCCUCUGUGGCCAUGGAACUUGCCAACUCUGUGGAGACCGAAUGAGUGAAUGUCCAAUCUGUCGCAAGGCUAUUGAACGAAGGAUUCUUUUGUAUUGACAAGAAACUCAGUGUGUUUUGUUAGCUAAGGUAUUUGGUCAUGAGAUCUUAGUAAGCCUUUAAACUAGUUGGAGGUUCUAAUGAAUUAAUUUUGGAUAUUAUAGUUUCUUUACUAGAGUAUAAUUAAACUGUAAAUGUACCAGAACAAAAUAACUCUACAAAACAGUGUUUGAAGUCGUGUGUGUUUUAUGUUUUUAUUUUAAUUUUAAACAUCAAAUCCAUGUACUUCAUAGAUAAUUUAUUAUUGGCUGAGGGGAAAAUCUAUGAAGGAGGAAAAAUCCUUUAAAGAUCUUCUGUUAUAAAUUUGUUAGACCUCAGAAGAUACAUUUCGUUAUAAUAUGCUAUCCUUCAGUUUAUCAUAAUUUGAUACAGUGAGUUGACACAGGUACUCAGAAAAGUUAUGCAUUAAAUGAAAGGGGCAAGUCAAACUAUUCUGUCACAUGUGGGGAAUAUUAAAGAGUGAUUUUUUUUUAAGGUAACAUAAAGUUAUCCAAAUGAUUGUUUCUGAAUCCUUAGAGCAGUGGUUCUUAACCUUCUGGCCCUUUAAAUACAGUUCCUCAUGUUGUGGUGACCCCCAACCAUAAAAUUAUUUUCGUUGCUACUUCAUAACUGUAAUUUUGCUACUGUUAUGAAUCAUAAUGUAAAUAUCUGAUAUGCAGGAUGGUCUUAGGCGACCCCUGUGAAAGGGUCGUUCGACCCCCAAAGGGGUCGCGACCCACAGGUUGAGAACGGCUGCCUUAGAGUAAAUGGAAGCAUAGAAUAAGAGAAUAAUGGCUUUGCAUUUAGCUUAUUUUUCUAGAUUUAAAGGGAAAAGGAAACUUGAAUUCAGUUGCCAGUAUCAAAAUGAUGGGUAGACAUGAAAAGGAAAAAUUAUAGUGGGGAACUGUAGGGAGGAAAAUUAUUAGUCAGAGAGUAUCUAUUAACUGCUGUUAAUGAUUGCCUUUCUUAUGUUAAUUUAUACACUGUUCUGUUCAGUUAGCCUUUAAAAAAAAAUGCCUGUGAAAAGUUUACCUCAGUUUUCCUUGUGGUUACUUAUCCAGGCUUGAUCUGUCCAGUGAAACAAUAAUACCCUGAUUGGUCUCUGAAGUUCGAUUCAGCCUUUCUAAUAUACUCAACAACAGCAAUACCCUAGUGAUCUGAGAAGGAUAAUGCAUUGCCCAAAGGCAGCAGUUCUUUCUUCUCUGUAUCUGUUAAUUCUGACAGUGAUACUGAUUCUAGGCCUUGCUUCCAUUCUCUCUCAGAUAGUGAGGCUUCCUAUAAAGAAAACAGUCUCUCUUUAUACCUACAGACAAGGACAUUAUUUAAAUUGCCAACAAUACCCAAGACAUAGUAAAUAACCUAAAAAUAAAUACUUUACAAAGAGUAACUAGGACAUUUACAGAAAUAUGUCCAAUUACCCGUAAAUUUUUUAAACUUAAACUUUGACUUUAGAGCAUCGAAUAAUUUUCUCUCCUUUUAAUGAGUAAUCUUAUCUAGGAUAUGUAUACACAUAAAUAAGAGUUUUGGGGUUCAUUGCUGCUAGAUUAUUAAGAUACCAGCUGUUUACAAUAGUGUCUACUAAAUACUGUGUAUAAGCUUACUCCUAAGAAUAGUUAUCUUUUUGGUAGUUUUUUCCCCCUCUUAAUCUGAUUCUUACGUCAUUUUUUUCUGCCACAACAACUAACUUUGAAAGUAUUAAGUCUCUAGCCCUCAGAGCAUGAUGAUUCUGACUACUUAAUGGCUUCUGCCAUUGCAAGUGCUGGAGAAAACAAUGGUGAGCUUUGCUGGCUGAUUUUAUAGUCUUGGUAACUCCAUAUCUGUGUUUAGCUGAGUAACGUCAUUGAGAAUGGUAAAAUUUUUAUAAAUUUACAUUUGAAAAUUUAUUGACUCUACUCAGUUAUCUAAUAAAGGGCCCCUGAGGCUAUUUUCAAGCCAUAUUUUGAAGUUAUAAAAUGAUAAAACAUCUGACUGAUGAUGUUCACCUAAUGAGACAAACUAUGCUCUUUUAGAUUUGAAGACAGUGUAAGUCAGGAUUUUCCUUUUCUUCCAUGCCCUAGGCCGCCCAUCUCUUUUCCAGUAGAUCCACUGGUAAGAGGGAACACCUGGCUGACUCACGCAUAGUUUGGCCAACCAGAGGAUUUUAUAGUCUAGAGCUCUAUUUAAAUCCUUUUUAUUUGUCUUCUGAGCUGCAGUGCUAAAACUUAUAUUCCUAAAAGGCAAUUUCAUCUUCCAGAUUUGUUUAGUUCCAUCAUAUUAAAAAUAUAAUAACAUAAACUAUUACAAAAGGUAGUCACUAUAAUUAUAGUGCUAUGCACUUGUGAUUUUCUGUAUUUGUACCACUUUGAAAUUUACUUAACGAAUAGAAAAUGUUUCCCGAGUCACAUUUUCAACCACCUGAAAAAUUAUUUUAAAUUUACUUGGGGAUCGUGAGAGAGAAUAGGAACUUACGUGACUUUCCUCUAACUGUGAAACUGCUACCUCUUAUUAUAUAUGUCGCUUAGCAGUACUUUCCCAGUUAGGUGUGUUUCCUUCUCAUUACCAUCUCUUCAUCUUACACCUCAAAGAGCUUUUACUUUUCCUGGAAUCAUUUAAAACAAAACAAAACUAAUAUCCAUUCAUUAAAAAAUAUAUUGGGCUUCAGGGGCUAGAUAAACAACAUUGAAAAAAAUGGUCAGCACCUUAGCACAUACAGAAUUUAUCAUGCAGUCAUAUAUUUAAAGUAAUCUAUAGACAAAGAGGGAUCCAAAGGUAUUGAUAGCAUUUCCUAAUGUUUUAUAAGAGUUAUCAAGUAGUAUUUGCAUUCUCUCUACCCCCUCACUCCUACAUUUUCUCUUCUAAGAUUGUCAGCUUUGUUACCCAAAACAUACAACUUACCAGAUGGUGGUGCUAUUCCAAUUGUUUUUGUUCACAUAACUUAACAUUGUUACUGCUUAUACUAUACUAUAAACAUACUUAAUUUUGUUGGGAGCAAGAUCGUUUUUCAAGAAAAGAUCAUUUUGUGUUAGCAUAGGAAUAUAUUAGACAAGUGGUUAGUUUAGCUGGCCAAAUUAUGCUUGGUUAUUAAUUUUAAACAUUGCAAAUUGGCCAGCUAGCUACUGAGGCAUAAAAUUAAUUGAUAAUGUUGAAAAUAAUUCUUAAAUUUAUAUAUUUGAUGGCUUUAGCCUGUAAGACUAUUCUAGCAUAUUGAAAUGCAUGUUGCUUAAGAUUUAUCCAAUUCAAAUUUCAAAGCUUGCUUCAUUUUUACAUGAUAGAAAUAUACUCUCUAGUCUGUGUUGCCCAAUUGCCAUUUUUGUUAUCAAUUUUGGACCCUUUUGGACUAGGAAUUAGUUAAAUUUAUGAACUAAGAGACUUAUUGAUGGGGUAGGAUAGGGAAAACAGUAGGGUGUUGCUAAAGUAAAAAAGAAAUGUCAAGUGUUUGAAUUAGAGGGAAAAGGGGAUCAUGUAGAUUUUAUCAAAGCAGUAAGUGCAUUUAAUUGGAUAAUAGAAAGGGCCUUUCAACCAGUUUCCAGUGUAGUUUAAUUGACAAUUGUUUUGGAAAUUAUAGGCUUUGAUACAGCUUGCUUAAAAAAAAAAUCCAAAAGGAAAAGCACUUAUCUUCUCGGAAUGUCUAAAGUAUUUUAUAGUAAUAAUUUGUGUAAAAAUUGAACUUUGGGCCUUGACUGGUUUGGCUAGAGCAUCGGCCUGCGGACUGAAAGGUCCCAGGUUCGAUUCCAGUCAAGGCCAUGUACCUUGGUUGCGGGCACAUCCCCAGUAUGGGGUGUGCAGGAGGCAGCUGAUCGAUGUUGCUCUCUCAUCGAUGUUUCUAACUAUCCCUCUCCCUUCCUCUCUGUAAAAAAUCAAUAAAAUAUAUUUAAAAGAAAAAAGAUCUCUUACACUCCUCUUUGGAAAAAAAAAUUGAACUUUGGAAUAGAAGUUUUUGCAUUUCUUUUAUGGUAAAACAUAACAUGAAAUUUACCAUCUUAAUCAUUUUCUAGUGUACAGUUCAUUAGUGUUAAGUAAAUUCAGAUUGUUGUGAAACAAUCACAUCUUGAAAAAGUGACACUCUAUACCCAUUAAACCACAAACUCCUUCUCCUCCCCCAACUGGAGUAGAAUUUUGAUUAAAUAUAAAAAUAAAUGCCUGAAUUAUCUUAAUUGUUAGUGUUUGCAAGAUCUAAAGUCGUGGUAAACAUCAAGUUUCUAAAAUUUGGGGGAUGACAGAACUUCUUCCCCCACCCCUACAAUUAUCAUCAGUCAUAAUUGAGUAGGUUUUAAAAGUCUGUUAAUUGGAAGGGUUUGUGAGUUCAUUUUGAACCAGAGGAAAGAAACACAUUUUAAACAUUAGAAUUAGUUAAGCUUUGAACUUGUACUAAAUUGGGAAGGUAAAAGAUUUUCACAAUUAUGUGUGCCUUGUUGAAAAAUGUAAGUUGUCUUUAAGUCUACAUGUAACUGUUUCAAAUAUAUUUUUUUCUCUCAAAAAAGCAAUUUUAUUUGCUUGACUAUUAUGAUAGGAAUGCUUACUGAUAUUACUUGGUAGUCAUAUAUAGCCUUGGAACUUUAACAUAUAAAACUAUAUAUAUAAAACUAUAUAGUUUUAAUAUAUAAAACUAUAAUAGUAUUAGUAAUAACAGUUGUACUUCUUUAAAACAUUAAAUUUGAGGAAAAACUAUUCAGUGCUGUCUCAUGUGUACAUUGCUUUGCUACAGUGAGGGGGACUCCUUUAGAUUGAGCCUCAGUUUACUGAAAAAUGGUUAACAGUGGGUGAAAUGAGUAUUAAAAUAUGAACUAGACAGUGGAGGUGCUGAGUUAAAAUUGUAAGUUGCUACAUUAGCAUUUUCUACCUCCUUUUCUAUCAGAUUAUUUUUUCCAGCAUUUAUUCAUAUUUGUGAUUAAGGAGGAGAUGGAAACCCGAGGUUAAAAUUGAAAUUUUUAGUUGAGGAUUUAAGCAACAGGUACAGGAAAGGUGACUUGCCACGUCAAUUUGGUACCUAAAUCCAUAACUGCAAGUUGAAUUGACAUGUAUAAAAUGUGUAAGAAAGAUAAUACUGCCAAUAGCUUACUUUUCCUUAUAGUCUAUUUGAUUUUGUUUCAUAAACAUGACUUCUUUCCUCCAAAAAGCAAAACUGGUCUUGUAAUUUUCUAUAAAGUAAAUAAAGGUGCCAUUUUGGCUGAAAUCUAUAAUUUCAGGAAGCUAUUGAAAGUUCUGACUCAGGGCUUUUUAACAGUUGAAGCAAUUGGUAAUUAUAUUUUGGAAAAUUCAUCUACACAAUUCUUCAGUGCCUUGAAAGAAUUAUUAACUUGGCAACACUACUAAAACUUUAUAGAAGGCAUAGUGUGUGUGUAUUAUCCUACACAUGUUUAUAAGUUGUAUUGCUUAAGCUUGUGUAAUAGCAAUACUGUAUGUGUGCUAGGUUUGGGUAAUUCUUUAAAGGAAGUCUUCUAGAUUUGCACUUGAUAGGUUUUUUCUUGUUUUAUUUUCUUUUUUUUAAAACUGAUUGUUUAUGGCCACAACACUGUUACUAAAAGAGUAAUUCUAUGUUAGGUCAUUAUGUAAAGCCAUGUAUAAUAGCCUCUGGGAAGAGGAGAUAGGGCUCAGUUUUCCAUUGUAAUAUGAAAUGAGGAUCUGUUUGGUAAACACAGAUGGUCUUCCUCUCAAAUGAAAAAGAGACCUUUUGUUCAAGUGAUUCAGUUUGAAGAAAUUUUUGGGGGUAGGAGUGGAAAUCAGGAAUUACUUGUCAUUAUGCUAGUCUUACUGCCAGUCUUGCUUAGAUUGAAUCCACAAAAUUACUUUUUAAGUUCAGUAUGCUUGUAUCAUCCUAAAUACUGUAUAUUCAGUGAUAGAAAGCAAUUGAAUUGACUCAGCAGAGUUUUGCUUUGUAUUUUUUCCAGUGGUUUUUAGCUUUCACUUGAUUAAAUUUAAAGUCUUAUUUGUGAAUAUAGUUUUUGUAUGGCAAAUGAUUCUUUGCUUAUUAGCUUUUUUUUUUUUAAAGGUGCUUAGCAAGAGCUAAGCUUUUAAAAAUAAAUGCAAACAUUUACCAUUAAUAAAACCUGUGAUGUAAUAUCAUUAUGGAAUGCUUUCCUCUGAUCUUUUGAACCUAUUCUUUAUAGACAUAUACAUGAAUUUUGAUAAGGCAUUUGAAAACAAAUCUCAGUAUAUCAACUCUUUUAUUAUAAGGAAAUAAAUUUCUAUGUCUUUCAGAAACAAGGACACACAUCUCCAACUCAGUAAGAUAUAGUGUCCACAUCUAGAAGGCUCUCAUUACAGUUGUUUACAUAUAAGGUACCUCUAUCCAAAGGGCCAAAGAAGCUUUUCGUAUUUUAACACCUCGAACUCUUUCAGGAUGAAGAUAUAUUGUGAAAGUAGUUUGAAUAGGAUCAUUUAAUAAAAAAUAAAUCAGUUAGGAAGACUCAACUUUUUGUAUAAAAAGUUUGUUCCUCUUCACAAUUCAGAUAUAGAUUUCAUUUUCAAGAGUAGCCAAGUAAAUUUUGUGACUAAAUUAGUAAUUGAAUUGUUUGAGGGUUAUUUUAUUUCUCACGUUAAUAGAAGAACUUACUUGUGAAGUUAUUGAGAGGUUGUCUAGUUUGAGUUCAAAAGAUUGAGCAUGUGUCUCUCAGACGUUUAAGAGGAAAGCCGUCUGAAACAAUCUUAAAUUGUUUAUUUGAAAAAACAUGUAUUUCAACUUCAAAUUGUGAAUUUAUUUUUGGAUAACCUCUAACUGUAUUUUUGUUUUUCUGUUGCUGUAUAAUUAGAUAUUUUGUGGUAAUAUUUUAUUAAAUGAAACUGUAUAAGUUUAAAAAUAAAGCCAUUGUAGAAAACCCGA